AUGAUAAAUCAUUGUGAUAUUGAAUGUAGGACACCCUGGUUUGACCGAGAUAAUCCCAGUGGACUAGGAGACUAUGAGACGCUGUCUUUACUCCUGAUAAGAUACCCACUACAGGUCUGCACUCAGCCCAUCGCCAUUGAGGUCACAACCCUUAGUGGGACCCCUGCACUGCCACCUGGAAACAAUUUUCAAGUAUAUGACCCGUUGCAGGGCUUUGCGUGUGUGAAUGGAGCCUGUCAAGACUACAGGGUCCGCUUCACAUGUCCAUUGAGUUUCUGCAACACGACGUGUGUAACCAGGUGGUUUGAUUCUGACAACCCUAAUACAAAUGGAGGCGAUUUUGAGCUCUUGCCUGUUCUUCUGAGUGUGUACCAUGGGUACAUCUGUCCAAAUCCAAUUGGAAUUGAGGCUCAGACCAUCUCUGGCCAGCCAGCCUAUCAAACUGGAAACAUCUUUCAAGUUUAUAAUCCAACAUCUGGGGUUUCCUGUGUAAAUGCAAAUCAAGGAGGAGUGCUUUGUGCUGAUUAUAAGGUGCGCUUCACCUGUCCAGAGGAUUGGUGUUCAAAAUGUAGUACACCCUGGUUUGACCGAGAUAAUCCCAGUGGACCAAGAGACAAUGAGAUGCUGUUGUUGGCCCUAAAAAAAUACCCACUACAGGCCUGCGCUCAGCCCAUCGCCAUUGAGGUCACAACCAUUAGUGGGAGCCCUGUACUGCCUACUGCAAACAAUUUUCAAGUAUUUGAUCCACUACAGGGCUUCGAAUGCGUGAAUAAUGAGCUGGGAGGAGAGGUCUGUCAGGACUACAAGAUCCGCUAUACAUGUCUGUGCAGGAACAACGUUCUCACAAACUCCUCAUUAGACAUUUUCACAUUCCCCUAA